UUCAUGAUUUUGAAAUGUAAAUUUGAAACUUCUUGUCGGAUUGCCACAUCUAAUAACAGAGAGACUUUUGAAUAUUAUACAAAUGUGUAUUUGAAAUAGUCUAUUAUAAGUUGACACACCAGGAAACUUGAAGUAUUUUAUCUAAUUAACCUAAUUUACCAUACCAGUGAAGCGCCUCUGAUAAACCGUGCAUCACAAGUAAAUAUGGCAGCCAUUUUAUUUUGUUUGUCAUUGGCCUGGAUUCUAAGUUGUCUAGAGGCCAAAACAAUUACUUCUAAUGAAGGAGUUGGACCGCUAUGUGGCGCUCAUACCUGUGCUACUAACGCCAUCUGUAGCAGCAGACAAGGGGAGACAAGCUGUGUUUGUGACAGGGAUUACCGCGGUAUAGGCAGUUUUGUAUGCGUGCCAGAAAAUGACAACUAUUGUGCCAUCUUCAAUGACCCUUCAGUCAAAAGCUUUGAUGGCUCCCACGUCCAGGUCCCCGGGGAGCAGAUGACAUUCGCCGCCCACUUAGGGACCAAGCUGUGCUAUCGUAACGACAAGGGAGCCAUCGUUACCGCGGCGGGGAGUUGUGAUGUGCGAGUCUACGUCUGGUACUGCAGACGACGAGGGAAGUUCUUCACGUGCGGCAUGCUGGUCAAAGUUAUGGUCUUCAACAAUUCCACAGUGAAGCAUCACACCACAAGGAUCUAUGGGGAAGCGAGUCAAGGACGGUACAUAUUUAAGGAAGAGGGUCAGCGGUGCGAGUUUGGUAACGGUCUGUUUGGUGACCCUAUCGAGACGGAAGUAGCUGGGAUCGGUAGAAUCAAAUCAGCGUACAAUUAUUCAAAUAACUUCGCCUUUUUGGACGUAGGGGUGUGUGGCAUCAAGGUGGGACUACGACCAGUGGACAGUGUUUGGGAUCCGCUCAUAACUCCUGCUGGACUUGUGGUGACCACAUCUCAGGAAUGUGAGCCUGAUUAUCUCUCUGUGGAACAAACCAUUUGUUCCCCUCCAACUGGCAAAGGGACAUCACUAGAGCAGCAAGCUGCAGAAUUGUCACAGGAAGUGGGGGAUACGGUAACCAAAGAAGAUCUGGCUUGUCUCAAGGUCAUUUGUGGUGACGUCAAUCAAAAUUUCCCUGGCGCUCAAACCAACUUGAACAAUCUACACGAGACGUGCAAUUCUUGCGACAAGAGAACUCUGGUCCAGGCGAUCAAACAGUGCUGCUUUAUACUUCACAAUCCUUCAUUCGUCAACUGCUAUGACAAACAGACAGAUGUAGCCUACAGCAUAGUCAAGAAACAAAAAACAGUGUUGAAAAAAACAAGCAAGUUGACUAGCCUUCUAGAUGAGUGUCUCUUUGGUCUGUGUUCCGAGAACAGUGAUAUGUGCAGGCUGGUACAAAACUCCAUUGAAGACUCUGGGUGUGCGGAUAAAAUUCGGCCAAACCAAUACACCAUUUUAAACAGCACAUGUGAAUAUUACUGACUGGAUGGGAAACAAAGAAAAUAUCAUACUUUAAAACUGAAGCAGUGAACUGUCAAGAGCCCAAAGUUAACAAGGGAAAGAAAUGCUAAUGAAGCUAUGCUGGAGUUGUGCACAUUACAAAAAGAUGCUUUGUC